AUGUCAUCACAGACCCCCCACAUGUCAUCACAGACCCCCCACAUGUCAUCACAGACCCCCACGUGUCAUCACAGACCCCCACGUGUCAUCACAGACCCCCCACGUGUCAUCACAGACCCCCCACGUGUCAUCACAGACCCCCACGUGUCAUCACAGACCCCCCACGUGUCAUCACAGACCCCCCACGUGUCAUCACAGACCCCCCACGUGUCAUCACAGACCCCCACGUGUCAUCACAGACCCCCCACGUGUCAUCACAGACCCCCACGUGUCAUCACAGACCCCCCACGUGUCAUCACAGACCCCCACGUGUCAUCACAGACCCCCCACAUGUCAUCACAGACCCCCACAUGUCAUCACAGACCCCCACGUGUCAUGACAGACCCCCCACGUGUCAUCACAGACCCCCCACGUGUCAUCACAGACCCCCCACGUGUCAUCACAGACCCCCCACGUGUCAUCACAGACCCCCACAUGUCAUCACAGACCCCCCACGUGUCAUCACAGACCCCCACGUGUCAUGACAGACCCCCCACAUGUCAUCACAGACCCCCACAUGUCAUCACAGACCCCCACGUGUCAUGA